AGGGUGCGGCAGUGAUGUAAAUGACACUGAAGCAGGUGAGGAUAGCCCAGCCGAGUCUGGCCACAUGCAGUGGCUGUCCUUGGGCCAGGGUCUGGGUCCUUGCUGUCUUGUUUGAACCCUAUAAUAGCUCUUCCAUCCACUCGUUCACUACAGAUGCCUUCAACAGUAGAGGCUGGGCUGGUCCAGGACAAAACCAGGAGCCUGGAAUUCCUCACAGGUGGGCAGUACUCGAGUCAUCACUUGCUGCCUCCCGGGGGAAGCGUCAGCAGGAAGCGGAUCAGAAGCAGAGGAGCCCAGACUCAGCCAUGUACCACGUGGCAUGCAGGUGUGUGUCAGCGACCUAACUGCUGUACCAAACGCCUGCCCCACGAAUGCCAAUUUAGAAGUACCGUGGAGCCGGCGCCACGGCUCACUAGGCUAAUCCUCCGCCUAGCGGCGCCGGCACACCGGGUUCUAGUCCCGGUCGGGGUGCCGGAUUCUGUCCCGGUUGCCCCUCUUCCAGGCCAGCCCUCUGCUGUGGCCAGGGAGUGCAGUGGAGGAUGGCCCAGGUGCUUGGGCCCUGCACCCCAUGGGAGACCAGGAAAAGCACCUGGCUCCUGGCUCCUGCCGGCCGCGGCGGCCAUUGGAGGGUGAACCAAUGGCAAAGGAAGACCUUUCUCUCUGUCUCUCUCUCUCACUGUCCACUCUGCCUGUCAAAAAAAAAAAAAAAAAAAAAAAAAGUACCAUGGAGCCUGAUACUUUCUAACCAAAAGGAUUUUUAAAGGCUUUUAAUUUUAUUAAUUUGAAAGGCAGAGAGAGGUCUCCCCCCUGCUGGUUCAUUUCCCAAAUGCCUACAACAGCUGGGGCUGGAUUAAACUGAAGCCAGAAGCUGGGAACUCUAUCUGGGCCUCCCUUGUGUGUAGCAAGGACCCAAAUACUUGGACCACCACGGGCUGCCUCCCACGGCAUGUGUCACAGGAAGCUGGAAUUGGUAGUGGAGCCAGGUCUUGAACCCAGGCACACUGAUACGGGAUGCAGACACACCCACUGGCAAUGUAACCACUGCCAGCCCCUCUGAAAGGUGGUGGCUCCCCCCCAAGCCCCCCACCCAAUGUAUUCUUCCCUGUGUGUGAGGGCUGGAGACACGGUUACAAAGAUUACUGGAUCAGCACGGAGGAAGAGCAGUGGGACAUUCCCAUUUAAAAUACCUGGGUGCUUGGUCGUCACAAACCUCACUGGCCUCCGAGAGCCAGAGCAGGGAAUGGUGAAGAACGCAGGCUAUGUAGCCAGACAGCCUGGGUGUGGGCCCUCGCGCUGCCACUCAUGCCUGGGUGAGUCAGGUGACUUUCCUGUGCCUCAGCUUCCUCAUUUAUGAAAUGGGGACGUAAUAAUGGCACCCACUCCAUAGGGAUGGUGUGAGGGUGAGAUGAGUUAGUACCUGAGAGUGCAUAGAACAGAACUGGCGGUAGAAGUGCCCAGGGGGGUCUCAUUUCCUUCCUGUCACCGCUUGCAUACAGCACUGGGACAUGAAGACAGUUCAGAGCAGAUGUGGCCUGUGCCCUCAUGGCAUGCUGUCCAGAGAAUGCUGAUGAGAAUCAGUGUCUCAGUUAAUAAGGGCCUCUGAUAAAGGAGGUACUUUCAAGAACGUUUUAUUUGAAAGGCAGACACAGAGUGACAGGUAAACAGGUUUCCCUUCUGCUGGUUCACUCCCCAAGUGCCCACAACGGCCGCGUCUGGCCCAAGGGAAAGCAAGGAGCCAGGAACUCUGCCCAGGUCUCCCGCAUGGGAGGCAGGGUCCCAAGUACUUGAGCCCAGCUUAGUCACAGGAGCCCUGGCCAGGCUCCACUGCCAGAUGCGACACCCAGAGCCUCCCUGCUGCCUCCCGGUGUGCGUGUUAGCAGGAAGCUGGAAUGGAAGCAAAGGAGCCGAGACUUGACUUUGUCAGUGGGAAUCAAAGCAACCACAGUGGGAAUGGGCGUUGUGAUGGAAGUCAGAAGAGUGGCUACCUGGAGGUGGUGUGACCGGGAGGCAAGAGUGAGCCUUCUGGGUCCUGGGGUGUUCUCAGGUCUGAAUAACCAUGAGCUUGGUGGCUUUGUCCCCCUUACCCAACACUAGUGUAAAUAAGUGCACAGGCAUUUGCUGGGUGACAAGAGGGGAGAGUGCAGGCAGAGGGAAGAGCUGUGUGCAGGUCCUGUGGCAGGAGGGAACAGGAUGAGGCCCAAGAGGAGGCCUCGGAGCCCUGGGGAGGAGGGUUUUUUAAGAUUCAUUUUAUUUAUUUGAAAGAGUAACAGAGAAAGAGACAGAGUGGUCUUCCAUUCACUGGUUUACUCCCCAAAUGGUCUCAACAGCCAGAACUGAGCUUAUCUGAAGCCAGGAGCUUCUUUGGAGUCUGCCACCUGGGUGCAGGGUUCCAAGGACUUGGGCCAUCCUCUGUUGCUUUUGCCAGUGCAUUAGCAGGGAGCUGAGCUGGAAGUAGAGCAGCCAGGACUUGAACUGGCGCCCAUAUGGGAUGCUGGUGCUGCAGGCCAGGGCUUUAACCUGCUGUGCCCAGAGCCCAUCCCCUGGAGGCUUUCCUUAUCCCCAGGGCAUUGGAUGCUGUUGAGGACCCUUAGAAGCAGGGUAGGGGUGGAGAGGGAGACAGGAAGUUUGAGCUGUGGAGCAGUUGACUGGGGAGGCCCGAGGGGACGAGUUUGGUCUCACAGCGGACUCUGCAAGAUGCUGCCACUGACUUGGGUGGCCUGGGGCAAGUGGACACCUUCAGGAGGGACCUCUGGCCGCAUGUGGCAGUGGGCUAGAGUGGUGGGAAAGGCUGAAGAUAGGUCUGAGGUUCCUGGCUCCCGUUCCUGGGCGGUCAGUCACGUGGAACAUUGGCCAGGGUGCUGUAGGGGAGGCUGAGGGUGGGCAGUAGCGGGCAGGCUGUGUGGAGGUGCCCAGGGUCAUCACAGAGAUGCUCCGUAGUACUGGGGAUAAGUAAGUUUAGGUUGGAGUAACAGCGUCUUUAAAACGUGCACUUAACAAGGAGACCUCAGGAGGUAUGUAGGAAAAUUAUAAGAAAUUUAUUUGGGUGCAAAAAACAUUGAAGUCCAGGCAGUUUUCCACGAGUAUUUUAGAGAACCCCUCAUAGAUUCUUGGUCUUCCUCAUAGUCCCUGGGUUCUGCAGGCCCCCGAGUCUCACAGGUUAGUGGUUUCUCAGGGUCCCUCGGCUCAGCAGAGUCCGAGCCAGCCUCAGCCAGAUCCUGCGACCCCCACUAAGGGGUUUUCCCACGCCUCCCAGGGCUGACCCUUGGGGCUCACGAGGCCUCUGCAUCUGGACGUGAUCCCUGCUGGCUGGUGCCCCAGCGGCCUGUGUUCUGAUUUUUCUCCGUGCCAUGGAUGCUGUUUGAAGCUAUCACCGACUCAGCCUGCACUGCAAGGAGGUGGGGGGCUCUGGGUGUCGCAUCUGGCAGUGGAGCCUGGCCAGGGCUCAGGGUGCUGUGGGUGUGUGGGGAGCUAGUGUCCCACCCCAUGGGCCCACUGGCAGGCCUGGAGGCAUCUGUGACUGACAUGCUGGGCUGCAGCUGGUGGACGUGGCCGCGGAGGGGGAGCCUCACCAAGACCAGCGAUGGUUUCUCCCCCAGCAGCUCUGAACUUGGCUGCUCUGUGUGCUGCUUCCCAGGGGAGUGGCAGGAAGGGCCCCCUUGCCUGAGGGAAAGGAAAGGUGGCGUCUCAGGGCAGGACCUGUGCUGUGCUUUGGGGCAGCUUGACCCCGACUGCUCUUUGCCUGGUGGGCUCUCUCGGGUCAGCUCACUGCUGCUUCUGCCUGUGGUCGGGCAGGAAGUGCUGUCUUCCUCACACCUGCUCUGGGCAGCUGGUUGCUCUGCCACCUCCCAGCUGUGGGGGUUCCCCGGAGCCAUGCAGAUUGUCCUCUCUGUCCCUUCUGCUCUUCCCACUCCUCCCAAGGUGCUCCGUGCUGACCGCUGGAAGGCUGUGGUUUCCACACAGCCGGGUGGCGGGGCCUGUGACGCAGGCCCAUGCAGCACACAGCCCAAAAUAGCCUGGGCCUGGCCGCUCUCGCCACUGCCCUAUCACUCUGCAGCCUGGGAGCCAAUUUGCUGGCCACCCCCCCUCCCCCCCGCCCAUUCUCAGCCAAUGCUGCUUGCUUUCCCCAUGAAAUAUUUAGACUCCGGAUUCAGUUUCCCAAGGAGAAUACACUUGGCUUUUGUUUUUUUUUUCCCUUCCACGCCCUUAAGAAGCUGCCCCUGGCAGGUCAAGGGGCCCCAUCUCUGGGUCCGUGGACUCUGGGGCAGUGUCUUUGCUGAAGUGCCCUGCUUUGCCUCUGUUAGGCCACUGCCAGAGAUAUGGAUGGGAUGUGGCUGGGAGACCUGGGUGCAGGCCGGGACCUGCUGCUAACCAGCCGUGUGGUUUCAGGCCAGCCAUAGCCUCGGCAGGUGCUGUGAGCUUCUGUGAGAGGCUGCCGCAGGAGCCCUGACUGGUAGGAUGCUGAGGGCCUCAGCAGGACCCGGAUGCGCCCUUACAGCCUCUGUGAAGGGCACGCCCUUUGCUGCACCUCAAGCAGCCCCUACUUGGAAUCCCAAGCCCAGCCCUGCUGGGAGGAGGGCAGAGAGCACAGUGGGGUCAUUUGCCUGUGGCUAGGUCCCUCUGAGCUGGUGAGGGGGAGCCACGUGGCAGCCCCAUUCUCCCACCUCACCCUGUGGCGCCUUGUCUGCCACCCCGCUCAGUUCUUUCCUUUCAUUGCCUCAUAAGAUGUACCAUGGGCAUUUAUAAUUUUUUUUUUUUUAACUUGAGAGGCAAAAAGAGACAGACACACACUCCUCAAAUGUCCAAAAUGGCUGGGACAGGGCUGGGGGCCAAAGCCAGGAGCCAGUCUCCCAGGCUGGUGACAGGGCACAAUUACAUGAGUCAUCUCUGCUGCCUCCCGGUGUCUGCCUGAGCAGGAAGCUGGAGCCGGGUAUCAAACCCAAGUACUCAGGUGUGGUAUGUGAGCUUCUUAGAAGCCAGUCUAAAUGCCUUUCCCAGACAGUUUUAAAAGAUUUUAUUUAUUUUUAUUUGAAAGGCAGAGUUACAGAGAAAAUCUUCAAUCCACUAGUUCACUCCUGAAUGGCUGCAGUGCCAGGGGCUGGGCCAGGCCUAAGCCAGGAGCCUGACAUUCCAUCUGGGUCUCCCACGUGAGUGCAGGGGCCCAAGCACAUUAGCAGGGAGCUGGAUUGAAAGUGGGGCAACCGGUGCUCACAUAGCUGCCUGUGAUGCCGGCUUAAUCCACUGUGGAGCAAUGCCGAGCCCUCCCAGGCAUUUGAAAAAUGAAAAUUAAACAUUUCAUUUUGAGAAUCUCACAAGAGCUCUUGAAUAAUCAGGAUGCCCUUGGAUAUUAUAAAGCAGCUGUUGUGAAGUCAAAUGUUCAUGCCAAGUGGAGGCAGUUCCAGGUGAACUGGGACACGGGACUUGGGUGUGGCCACAGCUGCCCGCCCUGCUCUCCACCCUGGCCUCCCUGUUGGUUUGUACUGACUCCCAGAGGGCUGCCCGGCCCAGGACUGAAAGCAGAACCUUCUCUCCCAACUGCUGGCCUUUUCACAGGACGCCAUGUCGGGUCCCAGCUGGCUGGGCGGAGGCUGUGCUGCUCCAUCCCACAGGUUGCCCUGUGCCCUCCUGGGUGGCCAUGGCUGACGCCCACAAGGAGCAGGCAUCCGUGGGCCAAGGAGCCAAGUUUUCAAGUGUCCUUCCACGGCCCUGCGUACUUCACUGACUGCAUGGGCUUGUCGACUUGCUGCUAGCUCUGAUCGGAAGUUGGCUGGCGAAGAAGAACCAACCUUUGCUUGAAGUGAGGUUUCUGGGGUCUCUGUGGGUCUCCUCUCUCUGGGCUGGGUCCCCACAACUGAGAGUGCUUGUGGUCUCCACUCACGCGGCAGCUUUGGCCACAGGUCUCCUCCCCCAGUCUUGCCUUCGUUCUUGGUUUGCGUAGGGAACUGCUAGUCCAUGCUGGUGUAUGAUCACUUUUGUUACAUGUGGAGUUCAUUUCAGUCCUACCCAGGCCCUUUAGAAGAUCACGUGUUUGUGGUUUUAGUAAGUCUGAUGCUGGGGCAGUGUUUGGUGUAGUGGGUAGGACACCACUUGCAGUGCCUGCAUCCGGUCUGGAGAGGGCUUGGGUUCCAGUGCUGGUUCUACCCCUGAUCCUAGUUUCCUGCUAAUCCUAGCCACCCCCACAGCCAGCAGGGGUGGCUUGGGUAGUUGGGUCCCUGCCACCCACAUGGGGGACCUGGAUUGAAUUCCCAGCUCUAGGCUUCAUUUAGCCUGUUGCAGCCCUGGCCAUUUCAGGUGUUUGGGGAGGCAAGCAGUGGAUGGGUGAUCUGGCUGUCUCUGUCUCUGCCCUCCCCUGAUCUCCACCCCCCCACCUCUUUGCCUUUCAAAUAAAUAGAAUAAGUAGACAGACACACACACACACAAAGGUUAAUGCUGAAGUUUUUAGGAGCACAGUGUCAGCAUGUGUCCCAAAACACCAAUUUAUGACUCUAAAGGAGGGGAUAUGACAAUUUCACUAUUAUUCCAACUUCGAAAAUAAUUUUCAAAGUAAUGUUAGGGAUAAAAGAAAUAAAGAAUUGUUGCUUUUUCUUUAUUUUUUAAAUCCUGAUGUUAAAACCAAAUCAGUGGCCGGUGCCGCAACUCACUUGGCUAAUCCUCUGCCUGCAGCACCGGCACCCCGGGUUCUAGUCCCAGUUGGGGCGCCGGAUUCUGUCCCAGUUGCUCCUCUUCCAGGCCAGCUCUCUGCUGUGGCCCGGGAGUGCAGUGGAGGAUGGCCCAAGUGCUUGGGCCCUGCACCGGCAUGGGAGACCAGGAGGAAGCACCUGGCUCCUGGUUUUGGAUUGGCACAGCGCGCUGGCUGUAGCAGCCAUUUGGGGGGUGAACCAACGGAAAAGGAAGACCUUUCUCUCUCUCUCUCUCUCUCUCUCUCUCUCUCUCUCUCUCUCUCUCUAAACCUGCCUGUCAAAAAAAAAAAAAAAAAAAAAAGAAUCAGUGUCUGAAGAGUGUCCCGGCCCGCCACUCCCCAGGACAGGGUGCUCAGCCUGGGCUCUCUGCCCUGCUGGUGGGGACUGCAGUUCAAGGUGCAGGGGCCAGGCCUGCUUGCUUCCAUUCACCGCUGGCUGUGUGCCCGCUCUCGGGCUGCCUGUCACGUCUCCCCAUCCCCCUGGGACCUAGCCUCCAGGGUAGGUUGGCAGCCAUAUUUGAACAUCUGCCACAUAGUGGGUUUGCAGUCAGUGUCAAGUUCCAUUCAUGUCUGGAGUGUAGCUCUAAAGGAAGGGAGAGCUUUGUGCUUCCUUGGUGUCCUGUGGGGCUGGCAUGUCCUCUGUGUUCUCUCUGGGGACAUGCAUGGGGCACCCUUCUCCAAGGGCGGGGCUCUGAGUUACCCACAGUGGCUUAGGAGCAGUGAACUCCCACUGUGCUUGUUUGCACUCUUAGCAUGACCAUGUAGAGUUGGGGGCUGGAAAACCCCCUCCAUUUCCCACAUGAAAGUAGCAGGUGCAGGACAAAAACUAACGUUUCCUGGCUCCCCGUCUAGUUCUUGUCACCGCAUCGCUGAAGUUAAAAAUCAGAUGAGCUUUCUGAAAAAUACUUUGGAGGGGGCUGUAGCUCCCUCCCUUUUUGUGGCCAGUGUGGCUUCCACACGUGGUGCCCAGGCCGGGGUGCAGUGAUGGGGGGAGGCAGGGUGACCAUGAUGCUGCCAUCUGAACCCCAUCUCAGCCCCUUUGUUCCCCACUGGGCCCGACAGCCUCCGGGCCUGCCCCACUGCCUUCUGGGCUUCCGCCUGAGCUGCAGUUGCCUGCUCUCUGGAUCUCGUAGCUUUGGGAUGCUGCCACUGCAGGGUGCCACCUCCGGGGCCGUAGCCGCCUGGCACAGUGCCUUCACCUGUAUGUCCUCCCGCUGCUAACGUUUCUCCAAAGCCUGGAACUUUGACUGCAGGCCCGGAGGGGCCCCUUCCUGUGUGGGUUCAGGAGGCUCCGGCCUUAGAAGCCAUCUCUGGCUUGUUCACCUCCGGUGCCCAGCAGAUGCACAGGAAGUACUGCGGUCACCAAGGUUAAAAUUUAGGAGUCUGGCCGGCACCGCGGCUCAUUAGGCUAAUCCUCCGCCUUGUGGCGCUGGCACACCGGGUUCUAGUCCCGGUCAGGGCACCGGAUUCUGUCCCAGUUGCCCUUCUUCCAGGCCAGCUCUCUGCUGUGGCCCGGGAGGGCAGUGGAGGAUGGCCCAAGUGUUUGGGCCCUGCACCCCAUGGGAGACCAGGAUAAGUACCUGCCUCCUGGCUUUGGAUCAGCGCAGUGUGCCAGCCUCAGCGUGGCGGCCACUGGAGGGUGAACCAGCGGCAAAGGAAGACCUUUCUCUCUGUCUCUCUCUCAACUGUCCACUCUGCCUGUCAAAAAAAAAAAAAAAAAAAAAAAAAGGAGUCCGUGUCCCAGGCGUGUGCAGGGACCUGUGCUGGGUGGGGUUGCCUCCCUCCACACAACCUUCCCCCCAGGCUUCAUCCACUAGGCCCGUGUCUCCUGCUCAUCUAUUUUCUAGGCUGAUAACCCAGUUAACUGGAGUUCAUGUUCACGUCCAAAGCCCAUGAUGUGGUAUGGCUUUUUGGCCUGAAUGUUGCUGUUGUCCCAGGACCGCCUGGGCAGGAAAGAGGAGCCCUUGACCAGAGAGCCCUGUGACUCUCUGUGCCAGAUUUGAGCCCUGUGCUGAGCUUUCCUCCGGUCACCCAGAGCUCAGACGCUCAGGCAGCAGGGCAAGACAGCCGUACAAGUGUGCGGCCUGGGCACAUCGCCUCAGGCAGGACGUGUGUCUGUUGGGUGGAUGGACGGAUGUAAGGAAGGGGUAAGGGGGAUUGAAAUGGCUCCACCCUGGGCUCACCAGAACUUAAAUGGUGUCUGAAAGCAAGCAGCCAUCCUCAGAGCUGGGCAAGGGACGGAAAGGAGGCAGCGCAAGGAGCUCAGGAGGGACCGAGAGGCGUGAGUGGGCCAGGGGCAAUGUCGCUGUAAGUCGGCUCCCGUGUGCCUUAGCGCCUUGGUUGUUGGCUGCGGCUUCUCUCUCUCUCUCUCUCUCUCUCUCUUUGAAAGAAUUAGAGUUUCCAUCUACUGGUUCACUCCCAAAAUGACUACAAUGGCCAGUGCUGGGCCAGGCUGAAGCCAGGAACUUUAUCCAGGUCUCCCCCGUGGGUGCAGGGGCCCAGGCACUUGGGCCAUCUUCUACUGCUUUCCCAGGCCAUCAAUAAGGAGCUGUAUUGGAAGUGGAGCAGCCAGGACUCGAACCAGCACCUCAUCCUCCCCACCAAACAAGGGCAUCGAAUAAGCAGGUUUACUGAUGGACUGCAGUUGAGUCUUCUGCUACUCAUGUCCAGGAGGAGAAACUGGGCAAGAGACAGGGCAGUGGUUCCCAAGUGGGGACGUGUCUGGAGACAGUGAAGGUUGUCCCCACCGGGCAGAGGCCAGAGCUGCUGCCGGUCAGGCUACGAUGGGCAGGACAGCCUGCUCGACAGAGAUGGACCAUCCCUGAGCUUGGCAGUGCCGUGGGUGAGGAACCCUGACGUCAGACUAUGCAGGCAUGGCGUGGCUGGAGGGGACAGAGGGCAUCUGGGCAGUGGUUCAUAAACAGCCGUGUGGGAUGAUAGGAACGGAGCCCACAUUGCAGUCUACAAGAUUUCACACUGGACCAUGGUUUCCUGUCCAUUGCUGUGAUGUGAGCCUGAAGCCGGGACAGGUGCUGGGGAAUUUAGGACAGCUGCAGCUCACUGAGGGGUUCAGAUGGUCCGAUGGAGUCAGGGUGGUGAGUGGACUGGGUUGGGGGCAGGGCCCACGGGACUGCACGCAAGCUGGGGGCUGAGGGCCCGGCUCUGUCCUGGGCUUGGCUCCUCUCCUGGGUGUUGGGCCCUCGCGGCUUUCUCAGCACUUUCUUUCUACCCCUGCUCGCAUCCUUUCAUGGUUGUUCUAGCAGCGAUCCUACCAGACGAUUUUUUUAAAAGAAUAUUUGAAAGGCAGAGUUAGAGAGAGAGGGAGAGACAGAGAUCCGCUGGUUCAUUCCACAAAAGGCCACAAUGGCUGGGGGUAUGCCAGGCUGAAGCCAGGAGCCAGGAGCUUCUUCUGGGUCUCCCACGUGGGUGCAGAUGCCCAAGGACUUGGACCAUCUUCUACUGCUUCCCCAGGCCAUUAGCAGGGGGCUGGACUGGAAGUGGAGCAGCCGGGACUCAAAUAAAUGUUCAUACGGGAUGUGUUGUGGCAGUGGUG